AUGGCGAGGGGCAGGGGAGGGGUGGUGGGGGAGUGGGGGCGGGGAGGCGGAGGGAAAUGGUUGCCGUGCAAGAGGACGACGGUGGCCGUCUGCUGCGUAAAUCUCUUGGCUCUACUCUACGUGCUCCGGGCGCUCUACACUUCUCUCUACGUCUUCUCAUCUUCUUCUUCCACCGUUGCCGAUGCUUCCUCCGGUUUCAGUUCCUUUCCAGGUCCCUUUUCUGCCUAGUCUCCUUUCUGAGAUUUAUCUGGUUUUUCUUCGUGCUCUGUUUGUGGAUUUCAGUUGAAAUUCUAGAACCUUUUUCUUCUUGAUCGGAAAACUUGUCUAUUUGCUUGCUAUUAUGAGAUCCUCAGGGGUUCCGCCUCGUUCUCCAUUCUUGGGUUGUUGUUCACCUUUACGUUUCUGCCCGACAGCUACUAAGUUCUCAGAGGAUCAGAUCCAGAGGAUGAAAGAGUCUAUCCGCCUGAGGAGCGCAGCUGAGCCCACGGAGCUUGCAAGACUGGUAACUGUAAUAAAAUCUCCAUAUCAUGUGUUUCCUUCUCAUGACUGAUUGGGUUUAUAAAAAAGGUCAAGAGAUUGAGGAAGAAGCUUCCCAGAAAGGAAAGAGAUUUGGGGCUGUCGCAGCUAAUGAAGCAGGAACUGGCUACUGAGAUUCUUCAGAUGUUGAGAGCUCUAGAACCGCAUGCUUAUGUGACCGAGCAGCAAGGUUGGUAAGCUGUCUGUGUGGCGGAAUCUUCAGAUGUUGAGAGCUCUAGAACCGCAUGCUUAUGCGACUACGUUUUCAACCGGGUCUUCUUCUGUUAGUUAAAUUUCUUUUGGAUAUAAUUCUCCAUUUGGCUUCCUUCUGACGGGUGUUUGUGGGUGGAAAGGGGGGGAGGGGAAUGUUGGUGCAAAGGAUGAUUCGUGGCUGAAGAAUGGUUCCUUUUAUCUCUAUCGUGGGGAGCAUUGAAACUAAAGCAGUUGGCACGAAAAUAUUUUCUGGAUCUACGUUCUAGUUUUCUGUCCCCUUUUUGUAAAUAAAUAUUAUCUGAUGGUGUGCAAACUACAUGCUAAUGUUGAGUUCCGUUGGUGAUUUCAUUUUUUAAUAGUUUUUUUUCUGUUAUAAUGGUGCGAUAAUUGGUAAAUUUCACCAGAAGAAAAACUUCUAGAAAGUUCCAAGAAGCGCUAUAUUGGACAGUUUCAGAAUUAAUUCAUGUGGAAUUAGAUGGGCCAAAUUGGAAGGAAGCUGUGGACCCUCACGAGCGUAAAGCAAGUGCAUUUGAUAAAUUUCUCCUGUUCAUCUUAAGGGGAUCUAUCAUCGUUGAGUUUUGCCCUGACUCGGUUUCAUGAUCAAAAUUCAUUCCUAUGGUGGUGUAAUUGUUCAAGGAGCGUGACAUUUCAUCCACAGUUCGUGGCCUAAGUGGUAGACUCUUCUUCAAUGUCGGCAAAUAAUGCAAUGCUACUGAAAAAUUUGAUGGCGGAAUAUUUUCACUAAAUUUGGCUACUUGGAUCGCAGAGAACUCGAUGAACUUUAAGGAGAGAGUAUGAUUGAAGGCCAUGUAUAAUCAUUAGUUACAAUUUUCUGGGGGGAGGGGUGUCAGUCAACCAAUCCACUUACAGUGGGGGGACCUGGUAGAACAGAUGUGAAUGCAAGACUGCUUCUUAGUGUAUUAUUCAAGAUUUUAAAUGCUUAUGCUCCUAUAUUAUUGAAAUAAUGGGCCAUAAGCUUUUUCUUCAAAACGGUGGAUACAAUCUUUCCCAGUUGGAAUGUUCUGUUUGAUUCCUAGUCUGAGGCUGUUUCUAGUAUGGUGCUUCACCGCUGUUCCUCAAAAAGAAAGCGUUACUUUUGAUAUUUUUCAAUGAGAAUAUUUUUAGUAUGGCAUGUCAGCUCCUAAUAUGGUGCAGUCAACUCCCUAACAUGAUCAAAACAUAUGAAGCUUCACGUUUUAUAUUUUUCAAUGAGAAAGAUAUUUUUAGUAUGACAUAUCUGCAUUGUAGUAUUUUCAAGCAAUAACCAUAAUACUAAAAAAAUUCUCAGUUCCUUUUAUUUUUGACACCGUUCUAGAUGAAUUUGAUGUACUUGACUCUGUUGAACAGAAGCACUGGAAAGAUGGCGCUUGGAGAAGCUGGAGACAGUGAAGAGAGUGACUCGUGAUUCAUCUACUAGUGCACGAGAAGCAAGUGUGUAGGCUUCCAUCUUCUUCCUUAUUUCCGUUUUGAACUCUCAAGUCUCAUCAGUUAUCACAUUCUUUUUUGGUUUCUGCGAAAAAAAAGAAGGAAAAAAAAUAACUUACAGAUCUAGUUGAUCCAACAAGGAAAAAAAUAAUUCAUAGCUCUAAUUGAUUUGGCUUUAACUCCAAGUUUUCUCAUUUUGCCUGAAUUCUCUCUCGUCCUGAGAGUGCAGAGCUGCUGGAAAGAGCCCUUGAAGUUAAUUGGUUCAUGCUAUUAGAAGAAAUUGGUCUUUCUAUGCCAAAUGAAGUCAUCAAUGAAGAAGUCGACGACAGGCCUGAACAAGUCCAACUGGGUAACAUUCCCCAUCCAGUGAAACCAACCUUUGUUCUGUGAUUUCUAGAAUUCAUGGUUCAGCUUUGCAAUCGAUUGGAUGAACCUACUUUACAUAAAAAACAACUUUUUUUGGUAUUAUGACCAUAGACGAGAAUAAAAUAUCUCAUGAGGAAUUUCUAGAUGAGGGUGAAAUUUUCUUCUGAGAAGACAAGAGCGCUUGAUCCAAACCCUGCAGUAUGGAUGAAUAUCAACCGAGCAUGCAAUCUCAGUCACAAUACAGUCAAAGCUCUUUGUUGACCUUUGCGCCGUUUUCUUCAGAAGAGGAGUCUAUUCCCCCGAAAUGCCAUGCCGAGCCCCACACUGAGUACGAUGGGGUUGCUGUGAGGUGGGGCCUGACCCACCUCAAAGAAACUGCUGCUGACUGCUGCCAGGCCUGCCUUGAUCAAGCAAAGCGCGCGAAGGAUGGGGAAAUGAAGUGCAACGUGUGGGUUUAUUGCCCUUCAGAGACUGGAUGCUAUUCACCUGACGUCUAUGUGCACAAGCACCAGGAGUGCUGGUUAAAACAGGUAGAACAAUGGCUCCUUUCAUGCCUUGAACUCCGAAUGUUUUUGUUUCCAAAGACAUGCGAUGCUAUGCAAUUUUGAAGUUAAAUUCUUUUUCACCUUUGCUGUUUUGGAGUGAUGUGAAUAAUAUAUUCAUCCGUAUUUAGGGGGCAUCAGUUAGCCAAUUUAGAAGAAAGGUAUAUAAUUUGGCAGGAAUUAUGAAAAAAACAUUUUUUUGAAAUAUAAGGCUAUUUUUAGAAAUUAUGUUUUAAGUCGUUGAGCGGAAUAAAUCUGAUGGGAGCACAGGAAGAAGAGAUGAUGAAAUAUAGACCGAGUAUCAUGCAUUUGGGUAUCAUCUAUUGUUGUCGAACCAAAGAAGAUAAAAUCAGAUCCAGAUUGGAUUGAAUUCACCCGUCUUGUCCACGUAGAAGAAAGGUAUAUGAUUUGGUUGAAAUUAUGUUUUUUUUUUUAAAUUUUGUGAAAUAUAAGGCUAUAUUUAGAAAUCUGACGGGAGCACAGGAAGAACAGAUGAUAAAUAAUGGGUGGCGGCAGUUUCUUUAUGGUUCUAUUUUCAGUACACCUAUAGAUGUUAUCCUCCUGGAGACUGUUUAUGAAGAGAUAAAAAGGGUCAUCUACCUUCAUUUAUAAACUGAAGAUUGUUUGAAUCAGUACUAUAAAUGGUAAUAUAUCAUUCAGUCUUUACCCAUGUAUCUUACUCGAAUUUGAUCAACUGAUUCUGUGAUUGCAGUCAGAAAAACCCAGGCUGAGCUUUAAAGAUGCGUACCCGGAAUGGUAUAGAAAUUCUCACCCAACUGCACCGUUGACUGUUCCAUGGAUUUCUGGUGUUAUCGGCUGA